GCGGAGUUUUGGCGCGCUUUCCAUCAGUUGAAGGAAACUUUUCCGCGUGUUACAUCGUGACAGUGACGUACCGAAGUUAUGAGUGUGUAACGAGGUUGCUGUUUCGAGUCCUGCUUCUGAAAUCUAAGAUCAUACAACAAUGGGUGCCCCACGAGCCUGUUUAAUCUUCAUCACCCUGCAUCUGGUAUCCUACGUGUACGCGCAGGAGGUCUCCAAGAGAGUCCCACAAGGCUUCCUUGGCAUGCGCGGCAAAAAAUACUUCGAAGAAGACGGCACCGAACAGUUCUACAAGCGAAGACCUCAAUUCUUCGUCGGCGUAAAAGGCAAAAAGAGCCUUCAUGACAUCCUCGAGACACCCGAGGCAUACUACAAGAGAGCACCAAUGGGCUUCAUGGGAAUGAGAGGCAAAAAAGACUUGAAUUUCCCAGACAUCUCAAGCACCGAGAUGCUGAAAAGAGACGGCUCUCUAAUCGGCCAGAUAGACUACUCCUCGAAUGAACCAACUACAAAUGACCCCGACUUUCCCUUACUCAACGAACUGCUGAUGCAUUACUUGUCUCAAGUCAAUCUCGGGAAGACGGACAUGUUAUCAGACAGCAUGAUGUCUGAAGCCGACCCUGGUUCUAAUGAUAUCGAGAAGCGAGCUGCGAACAUGCAUCAGUUUUACGGAGUCCGUGGAAAGAAAUCCUUGAACAACAAGCGACCUUAUGACCUGACCUUUCGAGGCAAAUUCAUCGGUGUGAGGGGCAAAAAGGACGUGAAAAACAGCGGCCCGCAUGAAAUUAAGUUUUUGGUGGACCAGAACGGACCCCUGCCUAAGAGAAAGGCUCAGAUGGGCUUCUUCGGUAUGCGAGGCAAGAAGUGGACUGAUGCCAUAGAUCUUCCAAAGACAAACCAUCGAAUGUCAGAAAGAAGCCUUGUAGUCCAGCCUGGAAAUGGAUAUGCCAAACUAAGUGUCUUUAAAAAUUAUUGAUUAUUACAAAAACUAUUAUAUAAUAAUACACAUUAAAUGCUACCUAUUUCUUGGGAAAGACUUAACAUAUCCUAUUGAAUUAAGAAUUAAUGCCAAUAAAUAAUGAGGCUUAUUUUAGCGUUGUUUUCACAGUUAAGAGAUUCUAGUCAGUAAAUUAUAUGUAUUGAAUUGUACCUACUUAAAUAUAUAAAAAUUAACUUUUUUGUAAAGUAUUAUUUAAGCAUAUCUUUUUAAGACAUAUUUCAUCAAUAUUUUUGCAGGCUUUAUUUAUUUCAAAUUGCGUAUUUUUAUUGCAUUUAUUACAUAUGUAUAAUAAUUUAAUUAAGUACAAAACGAUUGACAAAAUCGCAAUAACUAUUUUUUUAUACUAUAUUUUUAUUUAAAGGUAAAUAACAUUAGGACUGUCGACGACUCUCUAUGUACUUUUACGUUUAUUUAUUGUUAUUAAUACAUACUUACCUAUAAAAAUAUUUACUUUGACACAACUUUUAUAACACGUUUAUGUAACAGAAAUCGCUUCUGCCUAGGUAACUUUAUAAAAUAAAUUGUUGAAGUAUGUCUUAAAAAAUAAACUUAACUUUCCUACAUAUAGAAAAUUGUUGUAACUCUUAAUAAAUAACGACUAGAAACAAUUUUAUUUAUAUUUUUAUCGAUGUCAGAUCAGAAUGUAUUUCCUAAUAAUUGUUAAAACAAUAUAAAAAUUUAAAUGAAUUAGUAGAUAGCUCGCAACGAGUAUUUUCAAUUAUAAAUAAUAAAUGUAGAUUCUAUUCGUAACUGUAAUUAAUAAUAUAUCACUUUAUAAUAAACUUUAGGUUUAUAUUUAUAUCUAUUUAUGACUUUUAUUUUUUUUAUUAAUGGAUAUGUAUUACUUUUUUUUAACACUGUCUUCACAGAUAUGUACCCACAUUAUUUAUUUAUUAAUCAUGAGCUGAUUUCAAUGUUAUGAUUUUUUUUUUAUAAUUUAUAAGUAGAUUCAAUUAAUUUAUAUAUCAUUAAUAUUAUUCUGGAAAUUAUAUAUGGUAUUUUAUUACUAUUUAUUAUUUGAAAAAUAAUUUAAAUAAAAACGCCUAUUAUUGUUAUUAGAUGCAGUUGACUGUUAAUUUAAUAAUUAGAAUGUUUGUAAAAAUAAAGUACCUAUGUUUACUGUCUUCACAUUUUGUAAGGGCUGGCAAAAUGUAAAACUGUAUUAUAACAAUAGUAAAAAAUUAAUAUACGCAGUUGUCAAUUUUAA